AAUCUAAUAUGUGCCACCAAUAGCUGCCACCACACCAAAACAAUGGCGUUCGUUGCUGCGGCAAGGUGGAUCAAGCCUCUCGUUACCGGCGGUGCGCGACGCGCGCUGCGACCGUGUGUCCGUGCCAGCGCUGUACACAUGAAGCCGCGCACGGUGCAGCUGCCGAUGGCCUUUAGCACGAAGCGCGAGAUCCGCCGCCUCCACGUCGAAGGCCGCUACAGCGAGGUCGUCGUGUACAACGGGACCGUGUACCUCUCGGGUCAGCUGGCCGACGACCUCGACGGCGACGUUGCCGCGCAGACCACCGAGACGCUCGCGAGCAUCGACCAAUUCCUCGCCGACGCGGGCACGGAUAAGUCGCGCAUCCUCUCGGUGACCAUCUACCUCAAGGACAUGGCUGAUUACGCCGGUAUGAACGCGGUCUGGGACGCGUGGGUCGUCAAGGGCGCGACGCCGGCCCGCGCCACGGUGCAGUCGGCGCUGUACGACCCCAAGGUGCUCGUCGAGAUGUCGGUCAUCGCGGCGCUCUAAUGCAGUACGAGGAGUUAUUGCUUUUGAUUUGAUUGUCUCGGGA